AUGGCUAAAGAAUACUUCCUUUUUACAUCGUUUGAAAUUCUGCUUCUUGUACAAACGUUAGCUUUCGACGGAAUCAUUUCUAUUGGCCGCGACACAACUCUAGGGAAGACGGGCAGUGUUUCGUGCAGCUAUGUAACUGCACCCAGCGAGCAAGUCUUGGAAUUCUUUAUAAAGCCUCUUCCAUUGAGCCCAGGAAACGCCAGUGACUAUUACUACCAGAUACCCAAACUUGGACUACCGACAUCGGGUAGCGCCUGCCACAAUCGUUUGUCUAUUCAUGUCAAUACAAGUGGAACCCCGGGGGUUACCAGCGCCACCAUGACAGGGACGAUGACCAUCUCGACUAUUCGCUGUGAGGACGAGGGUCGAUAUAUGUGUGAAUUUUCUUACAUUGCCAGGGGACAAAUGCAAAACAACUUUCAAACGUCACUGCCAUUAGAAGUGAAAGUUCUCCCAAAAUUUCCAAAGCUUACAAUAGAAACAGAAAGUGUUCACCCAGCACAAAUCGAACUGUGGGUGUAUGAAGGCACAAAGGUCGUCGCCAAGUGUUGCGCAAAUUUAGGCCGACCGGGGUUUGGCAGUUUUGAAUGGAGGCUCUAUCGUGGUGAAGACAUAGAGUACAUCGAUGAGAGCGACAAACGGGUUUCAGUGUUACAACAAGUGCCACUUGAGCCAGGCGAACCACUGUGUAGCGAACGACUGGAGCAGACGUUUGAGAUGCAAGUCUUCAGAAAAGACCAGCACUUGGUAAUCGCUUGUUUCGCCCACAACGCCCAUUUCCCUAGGGCGUCCCCGUGGGUAUAUUGUGAGGACCCAGCCCAUGACAUGUGCAAUCAGUCGGUCCAGAUCAAUGUCAUCCGGGUGUACAACGAUGAAGAUGGGUACAAAACGCAACUGACAUACCUGUGUAUAUUUAUCGCUGGCAUGUUUACCAUUGUGGUGGUGAAGUUAGGAGCCUUGCUUCGUCGACCCCGGAAGAAAGGUUUGCGGCGGAAAGUAACCAAGGCACAAACCCCGUUGAUAGCAACCCCGCCGAAGAAUGAGGUCAACAAUUUCGAGGAGACAGAGACUAUCAUCGAUGAGGAAAUUGAAUCUAGGAUAUCGUCGUUGUCAACAUCUGUCGACGCUUAA